AUGCCCCUCGAACAGACCGUUACCAUUGUGAACAACUCUGGUAAGAUAAUCAGCACAGGAAAACAGCUCUUCUCCAUCUUCAAAGAGGCGAAAGCAUCGUAUGACGAGAAAAAGGCCGAGAUCCGAGGGCUCAAGCGCUCCGAAACCUUUGACUCCUCCCGCAGCCUGCUCCGCCAGGCGGCCCACCAGAAAGCGCGCGGCACCCACGAGCCCGGCUACUACACGGAACACGACUACGGCAGGAACCCGCCGUACCAUGACGGCGCCCGGCGCCCGCUCGACGCCCGCAGCGACGCCAGCUCCCGCAAAAGCGGCGCGUCGUCUCGCUCGCGCUCGAAACCCCCGCAGCACGGGUCCGGAAGCCGGCCGGCCCUGACGGAAAGCAACCUCAGGACGCUGAGCGAGGUGUCCAGCACGCCCCCGAGCAAGGCGCCCCCAAACGCCUACCGCAGCCCCUACGCCGAGACGCUGCCGCGGGACAUGCUGGCCUCGAGGAUGGACCUGCUGCCGGGCCAGCUGGACGCGAAAAGCGCGGCCGAGACGGAAUGGGCGAGAGGCCGCCCCGCGGUGCUGCCGCGCCGGCGGUCCGAGUCGGACAGACCCGGGCGCGAGCCGCCCGACGGCCAGGACGUCAUCGACAUGGACCUCGCGUACGGAAACAUCCCGCCCGACCUGGAGUACCGGCUUGACCUCGACCCGGCGCGGCAGGACGACGAGCACCAGGCGAACCAGCUGAUCCGCAGGGUCGAAGGGCUCCUGGACGAGGCGCACUGCGUGCAGCACUCGGCGGCCUCCAUCAUCAAGCACCUGCAGGAGAAGCCCGACGCGGCGGCCGCGGUGGCCCUGACGCUCGCCGAGCUGUCCUCGGUGGUGGGCCAGAUGUCGCCGGCCUUCCUGGGCCUGCUCAAGGGCGCCUCGCCGGCCGUGUUUGCCCUCCUCGCGUCGCCGCAGUUCCUGAUCGGCACCGGCAUCGCCGUCGGCCUCACCGUGGUCAUGUUUGGCGGGUGGAAGAUUGUCAAGCGCGUCAGGGAGCAGCAGUCGGCGAGGGAGACGCUGGCGUGGCAGGGGGCCGCGGCGGCUCGGCCGGCCCCUCUGCGGACCCAGAGCGACUUCAGCACCGGCGUCGACGAGGCCCUGGUGGUGGACGAGGAGCUGAGCGCCAUCGACACGUGGCGACGGGGCAUCAUGCCGCCGGGGGCCGACGACGAGAGCGCCGACGUCGAGCUCAUCACCCCGGUGGCAGAGCGCGCCCAGCGGGCAAAGUACAAGGACGACCUCGACGUCCGCUCGCACAGGAGCACGCGAACCACGGCAACCAGCAGAACCGCCAAGACGGCCAAGACGGCCAAGUCGUCCAAGACGUCCAAGACGAGCCAGACCCACAGGACCUCGGGCAAGGCCAAGGAGCGCGAGGCGUCGGAGCGACACGGCGGCCGGAACGCCACGGUUGAGAGUGUCGCAGGCGACUCGGAGCUGGGCCCCCGCAAGUCCAGCCACCGGGACAGGGACAGGGACAGGGACAAGGAGCGGCCGAAAGAGCGGGGAGCGAGGAUGCUCGAAGACGGGCGGGGGAGCAGCAGCCGCAGCCGCAGCAGCAGCAGCAGCAUGGAGCUGGUUUUCCGGCCCAAGGCCCAGAGCCUCGGAGAUAACAUGCUCAAGGCGCUUUUCAAGAGCAAGGACAGAAAGGAGCGGCUUGUCAUGACGUAA